UGUCUCGGUCUCGGGAGUCGCUAUUAUUGUAUCAAUGCGUUCAGGGGCCAUAUUGUUGAUGUGUCACCUCGGGAGGAGAUCACUCACACGGUCUUGACUCUCACUAUUUAUCACGGCAGCUGGUGUAUGGCAUUUUAAAUGGAUUUAACAUAACCGUAGCUGAAGGUGGUCAUGGAGCCGUCGGAUUGUCACAGCGAACUGACCCCUGCCUCUCACCCAUACCAAAGUUCAGGGGUCAGCAUGGUUCUGGAAGGAUCAAACGAUGUCAUCAGCAGUGGGGGUGAAUCUGAUUUAAAACAACAGGAGGAAGACACUGAGCUGGACAGUCUUGAGCUGGAUGGUACUCUUUCAGAUAGCGUGGACAGAGACGGUGAGAGACCAGACAUGCACAUGGAGGUCCAGCGAGAUGAAGGACUUGGAGAACAUACCCAGGGUGAUGGGAACACUAGCUGUGACAGUGGAACAGCAUCCACUGAUGAUGCCAGGUCUCCACCAGCUGUUCACGACAGCGCUGUAGAAUCACUUCCUGCUGUUCUCGAUGGAGAACUCGAAUGCUCUGGCCUUGAUGAACCAGCGGAGCAGGUUCCAGAAUCAGAAGGUUGGACUCCCAAUAAAGUUGAGGAAACUUCUCAGUCUGUUCUGAGUGGGACAGGUGAUAUUUCAUCCACACAUGUGUUCAAUGGACCUACAGACCUUAACAGAACUCCUUUGAAACCUACACCAGCUCCUCAGGGUGAGGAACUGCCAGAUGUCAUUUCAGUACCCCAAAACUCACAAUCCAACUCCAACAUGAACCCGUAUGACACGGACUGCAGCAGGAAACUGUUGUCUGAGAUCCAGCGCUCUCUGUCUCAAGAGUCUCUGCUGGAUGAGCUAGAGGAUGAGCUGUUUAACAGUCAGUCAGAUGGCAUGCACAAGGGAAGUCCUCCCAAUGGGCUUCAGAAAGACCAGAACUCCAUGGCUCUACUUGAGAAGUGUGUACAAUACAAGUACUCCCAACAGGAGAAAGCCAUCAAGAGAUUACUUGAUGAGAAUAAGAAACAUCAGGAGCUGAUUCUAGGCAUCUGCUCUGAGAAAGACAACAUGAGGGAUGAGCUGAAGAAGAGGAUGGAGACAGAGAAACAACAUCUUUGCACCAUUAAGAAAUUUGAAAGCCGGGUGGAGGAAUUAAUGAAGGAACUAAAAGACUCCAGAGAUAAACUGGUUCACCAGGAUCAGGCUGCUAAGAACGCCAUCCAGCAGUUGCAGAGGGAGCUGGCCUGUCGACUUGAACAGGCCAAUAAGAAAUGUGAGGAGGCACGGCAGGAGAAGGAGACAAUGGUGAUGAAGUACGUUCGAGGCGAAAAGGAAGCUCUGGAUCUGCGGAGGGAAAAGGAACAGCUGGAGAAGAAGCUUCGGGAGGCCACAUUUGAAGUAGACAAACAGGCCCGGCGGGGAAACACACUGGCCCAAGAGAAAGGACGUCUGCAGCAGCUCUAUGAAGCCAAGGAGAAUGAAGUGACAAGACUUUCCCGUGAACUGGAGAAAGUCAAGGAAGAAAUCAAUUCUCAUGUCAUCAAAGUAAAGUGGGCACAGAACAAGCUGAAGAGUGAAACGGAUACUCACAAGGAAACAAAAGACAAACUGAGAGAAACUACUGCCAAGCUGACUCAAGCAAAGGAGGAGACUGAACAGAUUCGCAAAAACUGCCAGGACAUGAUCCGCACAUACCAAGAAUCCGAGGAGAUUAAAUCAAAUGAAUUGGAUGCAAAGCUGCGAGAGACCAAAGGAGAGCUGGAGAAGCAAAAACAAGAGCAGACAGACCAGCUAGAGAUGCACAAAGCUAAGAUUAAGGAGUUGGAGGAUCUGAAGAGGACUUUUAAAGAAGGCAUGGAUGAGCUGACCACCCUGCGGACCAAGGUUAAGUGUCUAGAGGACGAACGGCCCCGCUGGGAAGACGAACUCUGCAAAUACAGAGAGAUCAUUAACAGACAGAAGGCUGAGAUCCAGAAACAGAGGGAAAAACUCACCGCUAUCACUACACUAGAGGAGCAGCACCAGAGGGAUGAUCAGGAGAUUGCAUCCUUGCGGGAGGAGGUGGAGAAUCUGAACUCUCAGAUCACUGACUUGCAGAGGGACAUUGAAGGAAGUAGGACAAGAGAGGGGGAGCUACUGGGCUUUACUGAGAAACUGACCAGUAAAAAUGCUCAGCUGCAGUCUGAGAGCAACAGCUUACAAGCCCAGCUGGACAGAUUGAACAGCACCUCUAGAGAACUGCACAGCAAACUAGAGGAGACCGAGAGAAGCCUCUCUGAGACGACUGACAGAUUGAAGAAAGAGGAAAAACAAAGGCAGGAGGAAGUUCUGGCAUUGCAGACAGAGAGAACAACACUACAGGCCGAGACAUCACAACUAAAGACACGUGUGGAGGAAUUACGAGACGAACUGGUCACUCAGAAGAGAAAACAGGCAGCCAACAUCAAAGACCUCACCAAGCAGCUCACGCAGGCUCGUAAGAAGCUGGAUCAGGUGGAGAAUGGAGGAUGUGAUCGAGAGGGCAGCAGCAUGGGCAGCCGCUCCAGUUCUUCAGGCUCUUUAAAUGCACGGGGCAUCAGUAUGGAUGAUCGCUCUCCAGAGAAUCAAUCUGGUUCAUCAGCAGUAGUGGUGGACAGCUUCCCCGAAGUGGACAAAGCUGUGCUGGUGGAGCGCAUCGUGCGGUUGCAGAAAGCACACGCUCGUAAGAACGAGAAGAUUGAAUUCAUGGAGGACCACAUUAAGCAGUUAGUGGAGGAGAUCAGGAAAAAGACAAAGAUUAUCCAAAGUUACGUGCUUAGAGAAGAGUCUGGAGCACUUUCUUCAGAAGCCUCGGAUUUUAGCAAAGCCCACCUGAGCCGGAGGGGAGGUAUCAUGGCGUCGUUGUACACAUCCCACCCUGCCGAUAGUGGCCUCACUCUCGACCUCUCACUGGAAAUCAACCGCAAACUCCAGACUGUGCUAGAGGACACCCUGCUCAAAAACAUCACACUGAAGGAGAAUCUCCAAACGCUGGGUUCGGAGAUCGAACGACUAAUUAAACAGCAAAGGGUGCCGGACGACAUAGCCGGAAGGAAGUGAAGUCAGUCGAGGGGAAGGAUGUUGUAAUAAAUAGCACACACUGUAUGACUGAGCCCGUUACGAAACAAUUUAGUUUGUUUGGGAUCAAAACAGUGCUCUCUUCAUAAGACAAGUUCAGUCUGUUUUAUACACUGGAGGCACAGUUCAAAAUAAGGACUGAUACUUGGACAAUACUUAUGGGACAAAAGACUGGAACACAAGAAGAUUACCAAGAGCCUGUGCCCACUUUUCUUCACGUUGUACCCAAUGUCCAUCUGUUCUCUCUUCGCUGUCCCGCAUCACCUGUGCCUUGAUGACUCAGUCCAUCAAGUUCAGAGCAGAACUGCAAUGCUAAAUCCAACGACCUUGUGUAUGAAGUUGGGUAGAUGAAUGACUAUUCUCAUAAACGUGACCCCAGGCUCUUUUGAAGAACAAAAUAUCUCGGACUAAUGGAGACCCAAAGAUUCUGCAGCUCUUUAGAGGCUUUCAGAGGCUUUUUCUCUAUUCAUUGCACCGCAGGUUAAUGGCCGCUCCACAUUGCUCUCAUUUCCCCUUCAUGCAAACAUGCCAAUUAAUGAAUGUAUUAUGUCAUGAGAAGGACCCUUGCGUCUCAUCCCACACGCUCUGACCCAGGAGGGUGGGCAAUAUUCCCUGUUCGAGCUGCUGCUAGGUUACCGCUAUACCUGGAUAGCAUUGUUUCUCGCAAAGCACUUACGCGAAAGGGGCCAUGCCAAAAAACCCAGCUCUUGCUCCGUCUCAUUAUGAAGUUAAACACAUUCAUUUGAAUGAAUAACUACAUCUCAGAAAUUUGGAUAUAUGUAGGGCUAUUCUUAAGGGAGCUUGUAGUUCGUUCUAUCAGGAUUAAGUUGUCUAAUUAAAUAUUGUUACCCCCACCCCCUCUAUGUUUUCUGUAGAAACAACCUUGUAAUUAUUUUUAUGUUCCAGCUUUUUUUGUUUUUUUAAUUAAUUUUUUUCUUGUGUAUGAUGUUCUUGAUGCUGCUUUUGAAGAGCCUCGUUUCUUCAAAAGUAAAAGUGUAAAAUCCCUUUGAAAUGAAGGAGACAUUAUAAAUAUUAAGGGAAAAGGUGCAAUUUUAACCCCCUCUUUGUUCGUUCGACUGAGCUGUAAUCGCCCUGGCCAGCGUCCCAUCUGAGACUCCAGCAAAAUAUUCCCUAUUAGCAUCCAAUUCCAUGGUGAUGUAACCAUAUGGUACAUAACAUUGUGCAGAGUUGAAUCCAUUCCAGCCGAUGAAUUGCGACUACCUGAGGCAUCACUGGUCUGCUGCUUCUUCUGUCCCAUCUUGCAGUGGUGCAUGAAGAAGGAUCACCCCAUGGGAUGCUGAUGAUGGAUUUUUUUUACAUUCACCUUUAAAGCUUAUAAAGGCAGAUGUGUGAUGAUUGGCAGAUCUCAGCCGGUUUACAAUCCAAUUUAGUGCCAUUUUCAGUCUUCUGUGUUUUCUCACGUUUGAGCCGUUACAGUAUGAAAGUAAAAUCAUGCCCAUACACUGUGAUAAAGGAUUUAUAAUAACUUGACAUACUGCGAUAUAAGCGUGUCAAGGGCAUAUUAGCUGUUCGAACACUGAGAGCAUGUGCUGUAGCUCUUAGCAUACCCAAAUCACAAACACAUUGCAGACAUUGCAGAUAAACGCUGAAUGAAGGAAAUUAUGCAAUGCUAGCAGGAAAAAAAAAAGCAUUUACAUUUAGCCCUUAAUAGCGAAAUGAAGCCUCUCUGAUCUCUUGAUAAUCUCAGUGUUCUUUACAUUCAUUGUUUAUUUAAUGUCUCAAAACAUAAGAGCGGUUUCUUGGAGUAUGUAUGUAUGUUUGUGAAGGGUGAAUUGGAACUGAUGAGAAAAAGAAAAAAUCGUGUUGAUUCUGUUUCUGGUCUGUCAUGCUAUGCUCUGCUUGAUUGUAUAGUGAGUGAAACUGAUUAUAAAUUUGUAAAUAUACUGUACCAUGGUCCAGUGGUUUUUAACUUCUGGAGAAUACUGUAUAUAUGACGUUUAAAGGGGAUUAAAAUUCAAAUAUUAUAA